GGCGCCCCGUCGCAGUCAGGUGGCCACGUCCUUAUAAGGGGGAGGGUUGGCAGGGUGGGGGCCUCGUGGCCAAAGUUCACUCGGAGCGGCGUCCGGUCAGCAGCUCUCCUUCAGCAGCUGUUCGCUUCGCCACAAACACACGCCAUGCGGAGCCAGUGAUGGACCCUUCAGGACGGAGCCGGAGGGGCGUCCCCCCGUCCCCAAGGGACGCCAUGUCCCCCCUGCAGCUCUCCGUCUACUGGCGCCUGGCCCUCGCCCACUUCUUCACCUCCUUUCUGUUCUUCCUGGACGUCUACGCCGGCGCCGUGGUCGGCGCCUCCUGUCGCCAUGGCAACGGCACGGAGGGAGGCGGCAACCGGUCGCGGGCCGCGGAGGACUCGGGUGGCGGGAAGCGAGACUCAGUGUGUGACUGGACCGACUGGUUGGCGUGCGCUCAGACCCUCUACAUGGUGGGCCUGCUGAUGGGGUCGCUGGUGGGAGGAGCCAUAUCCGACAGGUACGGGAAGCGCACGGUGCUGCUGGUGUGCGUGUACGUGCACGCCCUGUGCGGCCUGGUGCCCGCCCUCCUCCCCCAGGCCUUCCUGUACCUGGCGGUGCGCUGCGUGACGGGCGUCUGCUGCUGCUGCAUCAACAUCUGCUCCUUCAGUCUGGCCGUGGAGUGGACGCCGGUGGCGGCUCGGUUGUGGGCGUCGGCCUUCCUGCCUUUCUGCUUCAGCCUGGGCAUUAUGGGCGGAGCCCCGCUGGCCUGGCUCAGCGCCACCUGGACGCGGCUGCACCUGUUGCUGGCUGUACCGCAGGUCAUCUGUCUGCCGCUCUACCUGUGGAUUCCGGAGUCUCCUCGCUGGCUGUUGCUGAGGAGGAAGAUGGAGGUGCUUGAUCGUUACCGCGACAACAGCCUGGCGGAUAAACGGUGUCUGGACUUGCUGUUGUUGUCCGACCAGCAGAAAGACAUUGAGGAUCAGAAAGAUCCGCCUCCUGGAGGCCACGCCCCCAGUGACAUCAUCUACCUGAGACAUCCCACCGUCCUCCUUCGGCUCUUCGUCAUGAGCUUCAUCAGUGUGGCGUCCGCGUUGACGUACUUCGGCAUCUGCAUGAACAUCGGCUCCUUCGGCGUCGGCGUCUACUCCGCCCAGUUCUUCUCCGGCCUAUCGGAGGCGCCCUGCCUCCUCGUCCCAUUGGUUCGCCUGGGACGCCGGCCAAUCACCAUGCUCGCUUUGACCCUGAGCGGAGCGGCCUGCUUCCUGUCGUUACUGCUGUCCCGAUACAACGCUCAUCCCGUGCUGGUGAUGAGUCUCGCUCUCCUGGGGAAACUCUGCAUCCUGGCUGCGGUCUUCAUCUCCGUCCUGUACAGCAUCGAGCUGUUCCCCACCGUGGUCCGACAGCGGUGUGUGGCCCUGGUCAACCUGUCUUUCCGGAUUGGCUGCUUGGUCAACUCCGCGGUCCCCUCCACCCCCAACGGGGCCAUCUCAUUGGCUGCCAUGAUCGCGUACAGCAGCGGACCAAUCGUGGGCGGCGCUCUGUGUCUGCUGCUGCCAGAGACCAGCGGGGUGCCGCUGCCGGACUCCGUCGAGGACUGCGACCGGCAGCCGAAGCCCCGCCUCCCCAGCGCGGGCGCCCUCUGGAGGAAGUGGAAGCUGGUGAGCAGCCAAACCAGGAGUACUGAGACUGAGACACUCCCUGCAGAGAAAGACGACACGCGCACACACACACACACACACACCCACACACACACACACACAGGACUAACACACACACACACACACACACAGGACUAA